AUGUUCCUGGCAACCACAGUUCCAGCAUAUGCUUUGACAUAUUUUGCCCCCAUUAUCAUCCGGGCUAUGGGGUAUUCUCCGGCUAUAACUAGUCUUCUCACAGCGCCUCCGACGGUAUUUGCCUGUGUUGUAGCCAUGGCACUGUCCUGGGUGGCCGACAAGUACCGCAUGCGAGCUCCCAUCAUCGCCGUCCAAGCCAUCCUUUGCAUCAUGGGCCUGAUGAUAACGGCAUAUCACCCAAGCAACAACGUCCGGUAUUUCGGUUUCUUCCUUGGAGCAGCCGGCUGCCAGGGAAACAUCCCAGCCAUCCUCGCUUACCAGUCGAACAAUAUCCGGUUCCAGUCCAAACGAGCUGUGGGCAGUGCCUUGCAGAUUGGAUUUGGUGCACUAGGGGGUAUCAUUGCGUCGACGGUGUUCAGAGAGCAAGACGCGCCUAAGUACAUACCUGGUCUCUGGGUGACGACCGCCUUCCAGCUGUUCAUCUUGGUUGCUGUGGCAUGCACGACACUCAUCUUCUGGAUGAGAAAUAACGAGGUCGACGAGGGCAGAGCAAGGAAGCCCAUCGAGGGACUGGAAGGAUUUAAAUAUACUCUCUAG